GCGCUGGGGAGACAGACGUUGGUUGGCUGGGAAACUCCGUUAUGUAACAGGAGUGAGCUCGGUGGUGUGUGUGUGUGUGUGUGUGUGUGUGUGUGUGAGAGACAGCCACCUGAAUCCUUGCCGUGGCCACCAUGAAGUGUGAAGAAAACUGCCCCCCUGGCUGAAGGAAUUUUAUGCUGAUUCGGACUUUACUGUAAAGUUUACAUGAAGCUCCCGGACUUUCUUUGUGCCAUGAAUAAUUGCGGAGACGUGGGCAGAACCUGUCGCGCGCUGUUUCGCUCUGCACGGGGCGCACGUCCGGGAUCGGGAUCGGGAUCAUCGGGACCCGGACCGGGACAGACACUGGGACUGGGACAGGCCGGUGCCCGAAGCUGCCCGUGCCGAACCGCGCUGCCCGGAGGUGUGGAAGAAGAAGAGGACCGAAAGAACGUCGGAAGGAAACUCGUUAAGGGGUCGCGACCCGUUGCCGUUCCCGCAUCGUGCGUGGUGCAAAACAACAAGGAAGGUGGGGUGGGCGCGCGGACGUCCCGCGUGCGCUCCUUUUCCACGGAGCCCAAGGUGGACACCAAGGCGGACCUGCGGGCCCGGUACCGGGACAUGAAGCGACUGGUCCACGAUCUCAUCCCACCGGGUGUCUGCAACCUGCUGAGCUCCUCUACCAUCUAUGCCAACAACGAGGUCAGCUUAGAGGAGGUGGACAUCUACGGUUUUGACUACGACUACACGCUAGCCCUGUACUCCAGCACUCUCAACAGUAUGAUCUACAACACGGCACGGGACAUCCUGGUCAAACAGUACAAGUAUCCAGAGGGUAUCUCGAAAUAUGACUACAUUCCCAACUUUGCUACAAGAGGACUUCACUAUGACAUUCAAAAGGGACUUUUGAUGAAAAUAGACGCCUUCCACUAUAUCCAGCCGGGCACAGUUUACAGGGGUCUGCGACCUGUUCCAGAUGACGAAGUCCUUCAGCUGUAUGGGGGAACAUACCAUGUUCCUCUGCACAAGGACAGCGGUUUCUACGGCAAGGGUCCCAAGGUCAAACAAUUCAUGGAUGUGUUCUCUAUUCCUGAGAUGACUUUGCUUGCAGUGGCCAAUCAUUACUUCCUCUCCAACAACAUUGACUAUGAUCCCGUGCAUCUCUACAAGGACGUCUCAGAAGCUGUUGGAAUGGUGCAUAUCCAGGGCUACAUGUACAAAUGGAUCAUGCAGGAUUUGGAAAAAUACAUCCUCCGCGGGGAUGAAACGUAUGCUGUGCUCCAUCGCUUGGUCAACAAUGGCAAGAAGCUCUUCCUCAUUACCAACAGCCCCUUUGGGUUUGUGAACAAAGGCAUGAUGUAUAUGGUAGGAAAAGAAUGGAGAGACUUCUUUGACGUUGUUAUUGUUCAGGCCGACAAACCACACUUCUUCAACGACUGCGUCAAGCCUUUCAGACGUUUGGAUAAUAAUGGGGACCUUCAGUGGGACAAGAUCAACAGUUUGGACAAAGGACACGUCUACAAACAGGGAAACCUCUUUGACUUCCGGAGACUCACAGGCUGGAGGGGCUCCAAGGUGCUCUACUUUGGGGACCACCUCUACAGUGACUUGGCAGACCUGAUGCUAUGGCAUGGCUGGCGUACGGGAGCCAUUGUACCAGAACUGGAGCUGGAGACCAAAGUGCUGAGCACAGAGCAGUACACCCAGAGUCUCACCUGGAUGCAGGCCCUCACAGGACUCCUUGAGCGUAUGCAGAUGCAUCGUGACCCAGAGUCCAGGGAAGUUUUGUUGGAGUGGAUGAAGGAAAGAGAGGAGCUCCGAAGCAAGACCAAGAACAUGUUCAAUCCUCAUUUUGGCAGCAUCUUCCGCACUUAUCACAACCCAACUUACUUCUCACGACGCCUGUCUCGCUUUUCUGACCUCUAUAUGGCAUCCAUCAGCUGUCUGCUCAACUAUGACCUGUCCUACACCUUCUACCCACGGCGGACACCCUUGCAGCAUGAGCCUCCCCUUUGGAUGGACCAGCUGUGCACUGGCUGCAUGAAGACCCCCUUUCUUGAGGAGAUGACACACAUUCGCUAAGCAACCAGAAAUGACCGUGUCUGGAGACCAAUCAACAUGUCAAAAACUGUCAAACAGAUCCUGACCCAGAAAUGUGGCUGCCAGCUGCACUAAGUAAAGCUUAUGGGUAGUGACGAGCUCAGCGUAGAUCAAGCUGGAAUAAAAUGUGGUGGGAACCUUUAGGAUAAACUCAUAAUGUCUCUUCUGAGUACAAAGCAAAGAUGUCUAUAUAAGACUGAGAACAACGUAUCCAAAAAGCUGCAUCACACAUAAACAUAAAGUCUAAAGAGUAAAUAUACUUAUAAAUAUAUAUAUUUGAUUCAUAGAGUGCAGGAAUAUUCCAGUAAUGAAUAUUCUUAUUACUGUUUUCAAGAGCUAAUGGAUUUCUAACUGAUUACCUCACUUUUAGUGAAGCUCACUAUUUUUUCUAAAGAUGUUACUUACCCAUCAGCAAAGGAAAUAAGAGAUGCUGAAAUGAACAAUAUUAACUCAGAAUAGCCAUUAAACUCAAAAAUGCUAAUACAAUGAAAGCAAACGUGAUAAUUAGUGCAGAUGACACCACUGAAUUUUUUUUCUUUGUUUUAGUUUUUGGAUAUCCUUUAAUAAAUCUGUUUCUUUGUAUGUGUUAGAAGAACACUUGUAGCCUGAUUUGUAACCAGUUAGUGAAAGAAAAACUUAACAUAUAGCCCUUCAUUUGACCUUUUUCUCAGAUAAUUACUCGAAUUUAACAGAUCUGAAAAUGUGGUCCCGGUGUUUUUGUACAUUUGUCUAGUGAGGUACAGCUAUUCCGCUGAGGGAAAUUCUUUAUACUGUCUGUGUGCGAGGAAGACUAUUCUAAAUGACAUAAAUAAUUAAAUUUGUAUUUGACUGUAGCCUGCAAUUUUUUAAGCCGAUCAGUUUUCACAAACCAGUUUUUAAAUGUGUGAAA